AGUUUGGAGGGGCGGGUUCGGGGUCAGUCUACGGGGGUUUGACCCGCAGCGAAUCGAGCUUUAACUUGAGGUCUUGGGAGCCGGGUUAGGUAGCUGUCUGCCGGGUUAUCUGAAGUCUGAAAAGUGCGGAAGUGCUGUGCUCUGAAGAAGCCCAGAUAGUCCUGCUUCCCCCGCAGCCAGGUUCUAGGCUUGAGAGUCACCGAGGCCAAAGUGAGAGUCUGGCUGUCUUCGCGCGCCUGGGGCUCGGCAAAGGCCCCGUGAGCAGAGGUGGGAGGUGGAGCGACCCCAUUACGCUAAGGAUGAAAAGCUGGGGUUGGCUGGCCCUGCUUCUGGGGGCCCUCCUGGGAACUGUCUGGGCUCGAAGGAGCCAGGAUCUACACUGUGGAGCUUGCAGGGCUCUAGUGGAUGAACUAGAGUGGGAAAUUGCCCAGGUGGAUCCCAAGAAGACCAUUCAGAUGGGAUCUUUCCGGAUCAAUCCAGAUGGCAGCCAGUCAGUGGUAGAGAAUUCAUCCUGUCUUGUUCUUGCUGCCCGUCAUGCCAGUGCUUCUUCCACGAAUUUGAAAGACAUAUUGGCCAACCUGAUACCUAAGGAACAGGGCAGAAUUAAGGCCUUCAGACAGCAACAUGGCAAGACUGUGGUGGGCCAAAUCACUGUGGACAUGAUGUAUGGUGGCAUGAGAGGCAUGAAGGGACUGGUAUAUGAAACCUCAGUUCUUGAUCCUGAUGAGGGCAUCCGCUUCCGAGGCCAUAGUAUCCCUGAAUGCCAGAAACUGCUGCCCAAGGCUAAGGGUGGGGAAGAACCCCUGCCUGAAGGUUUAUUCUGGCUGCUGGUAACUGGACAGAUCCCAACAGAAGAACAGGUAUCUUGGCUCUCAAAAGAGUGGGCAAAGAGAGCCGCUCUGCCUUCUCAUGUGGUCACCAUGCUGGACAACUUUCCUACCAAUCUACACCCUAUGUCUCAGCUAAGUGCAGCUGUUACAGCCCUCAACAGUGAAAGUAACUUUGCCCGGGCAUAUGCAGAGGGUAUCAACCGAACCAAGUAUUGGGAGUUGAUUUAUGAAGACUGUAUGGAUCUGAUUGCAAAGCUACCUUGUAUUGCAGCAAAGAUCUACCGGAAUCUUUACCGCGAGGGCAGUAGUAUUGGGGCCAUUGACUCUAAACUGGACUGGUCCCACAAUUUCACCAACAUGUUAGGCUAUACUGAUGCUCAGUUCACGGAACUCAUGCGCUUAUACCUCACUAUCCACAGUGACCAUGAAGGUGGCAAUGUAAGUGCCCAUACCAGCCACUUGGUGGGCAGUGCCCUUUCAGACCCUUACCUGUCAUUUGCAGCAGCCAUGAAUGGGCUGGCAGGGCCUUUACAUGGACUAGCGAAUCAGGAAGUACUUGUCUGGCUAACACAACUACAAAAGGAAGUUGGCAAAGAUGUGUCAGAUGAGAAAUUACGAGACUACAUCUGGAACACACUCAACUCAGGACGGGUUGUCCCAGGCUAUGGCCAUGCAGUACUAAGGAAGACUGAUCCACGAUAUUCCUGUCAGCGAGAGUUUGCUCUGAAACACCUGCCCAAUGACCCCAUGUUUAAGCUGGUCGCUCAGCUGUAUAAGAUUGUGCCCAAUAUUCUCCUAGAACAGGGCAAGGCCAAGAAUCCUUGGCCCAAUGUAGAUGCUCACAGUGGGGUGCUGCUGCAGUACUACGGCAUGACGGAGAUGAAUUAUUACACAGUCCUGUUUGGAGUGUCACGGGCACUGGGUGUGCUAGCGCAGCUCAUCUGGAGCCGAGCCUUAGGCUUCCCUCUAGAAAGGCCUAAAUCCAUGAGCACAGAUGGUCUGAUGAAGUUUGUGGACUCUAAGUCAGGGUAAAACUUGGAGACUGGGGGGAAACUGACUACCAGAAGAUAAGGAAGCUUAAUAACAACAAAAAAUAGUAUACUUUUGAAUCAGGGGGCCUUUAAAGACUUAAGAUUAAAUUGUAUCUGAGGCACUGAAAAUAAGUUUGAAGUUAAAAUAUAAAUUAAGAGUUUAAAGAUAAAAAGUGGUCCCUUCUUCCUAACUAGCUCCCUUCCCCUGCCUGGGAUGAGUUGGAUGACCAGGACUAAUGCAUGUGAUGUGGGUUAGGUUUGGCCCCCACCAUUUCUAGAGUAAGAAUCUGGCUCCUCUUUCUCUGGGUUAAGCAGGUUACAAUCUGCAGUCACUCUGGAGCUUUUGCUUCUACUCUGCCCAGCCCUCUAGGCCAGGAAACCAGGACCUUACCCCUGCUGUUUCCAUGGAGAUAUUUGGGAUUAUCAGCUCUACCUAGCCCUCUCCCAUGCACAUGGACACCUCCUAGUAAGACCUGUUGGGUAGCUGGACAUCGGCAGUUUUUCUUUUUAUGCUACCAAGUGACCAUGAAGGCAUGGCAUUUGUUGUGUUUGCACCCAGUGUUUCAUUUGAUUUUCUUUUUAAAGUUAUCCCAUUAAAAUUAAGGUCUGGAAGUAUUCUGUUUUCCACUACUUUAAUACCUCUUUCCAGACUUGUUAUACCUGUUCUGCCUCAAGCUGAGGAUACCCUGGACCUUCCCCUCUUUGUCCCAACUAAAGGCCUCUUUCAGUAGGUCUGUCUGAUCUGUGGUCUUUCCCAGUCACUGGGAUUUAAGAGCACUUAAUGUGAACUAAGCUUUUUACUUCUGCAGAACUCAAGCCACUACCAUCUGACCUUUUUCCUGUUAAUAUGCUAUGGGGGGGCUGGGGAUUUAGCUCAGUGGUUCUGGCGCCUGCCUUGCAAUCAGAAGGACCUGAGUUCGAUCCUCGGUACCAAAAAAAAAAUAUGCUAUGGGGCAUAGAAUAGGGGCUCAGGAAUGUCCAGCCCCUUCACGGUCUGGUUCCAGAGGUACAAGCAUUUCCUGUAAAGCAGAGAUGAUUCAAGAUUAAAUAUGGUCUCGUUUGAAUAUCAGGUCUAUGGGCUGGGGACAUUCAUUGUAGUAAGCCUCUUUUCUCAUCCCCUGCCAUUGAAAGUGCUCCCUUAUUUAUCAGUGUCUUUUUCCUGCCCCUUCCCCAAGAGCUCACAGUACAGUGUGUGUUUUAGAAGUCCCAUUUGCACAGGUUUUCAGUGACUCAGAAUGCUCUACUGCCUUUUCUUUGAGAAAGGAUUGAGAUACACUCCUGCUGUGUCCCUUUCUUCCUUUGAUGCACCUGCCUGCGUUUGUGUGGAUCCCCAAACCACGCUGUUGAGAUGGACACACUGUAAACCCCUGGGUAACUGUCAAGUCAUUAUGCAGACUUCAGGUUGUUCUGUAUAAAAUAAAAAAAAAUGUUUUUUAUUAACAA